AUUUCUCAAUUUUCAAAAGUUAAAACAAAGUGUCAUUCUUUCAAUCGGUAACAUAAUGGGAAACAUCCUCUGUUGCAAAAAGAAUGAAAAUGAGGAAAGUAUGCUGACAACGGCGGAGAAGCGUCCGCCGAAGAAAAAGGUCCGGCACUCGAGAAAAAAGCAGUUGGUACUUGAUAAAGAUCGAAAAAUCAUUCAGAAGGAGAAGGAGUUGUAUCAGGUGAUCUACGAUCCGGAAGGAAUUAGUGUUCACGAUUUGGCUCUCCUGGGACAGAAGAACGUGGCGGAUGGGCUGGUGAAGCCGGAUUUGAAGCCGAAAAAAAUGGGCCGAGUAACACUGAUGCCCGACAUCCAGCCGCACCUCACACUGAAAGCCGGCACGACGACGAUCUCAUCACAAAAGCCAAGCCCCGCCUCCAAAUCGACUGAUGAUUUUGAAAUUUCCGAAGUUGAGGAUUAUGUCGAUGAUUUGUACCUGCAGCUGAUGGAUCCCGAUCGAGACCUAUAGACCCGCCUAACUUUUUGAAUGAAGUUUCGAAUAAAGUUUAUUGAUAAA